UGAUGAUAUGAUAUCGUCCCUAUUUAUAAUCGGUAUUUCCAAGUUUGGUUAAAUAUUAACAACAUUGACCGAAAAACAACAUGGGGGUCAUAAAUCGAGUUUUAUACUCGUUUAGUGUUUUUAACACUUUCAAUUUGAAUGGAUUUAUUUUGCGAUUUUGUUUAGUCACGUAACAUUUGAAAUGGCAGAAAAUAAUGUGUUUGGAAUUAUAGUGUUUAUGAUUGGAUUAUUAUCGCUCUAUAAUGCAAAAUCUGAACCAUGUAAUACCCCCAGUCAUGAACCAGGAGAUUGUAAGAGAAUAACAAAAUGUCAAAGUUUAUUUGCAAUUCUACAAAAUAUGACAAUAACACCUGAAGAUGCUGAUUAUCUAAAACGAUCUCAAUGUGGGUUGGAAGGACGUUUACCUAAAGUAUGCUGUCCACUUAGGACUAUUAACAUGAAUAACAGAAGGCUUGACUACACAACUACCACCCUAAGACCUAAUCACAUAAAUAGCAGAAGGCUUGACUACACAACUACCACCCUAAGGCCUUAUGUAAAUACUGACGAAAACAAAAUUCAUCCGUGCUAUACACCCAAUAAUGAACAAGGUGAUUGUAAAAGAAUAACAAAAUGCGAAAGUUUAUUUACAAUUGUGAUAAAUAGACCAAUCAAGAGUGAAGACGCCGAUUAUAUCAGACGAUCUCAAUGUGGAUUCGAUGAAGGUUUACCUAAAGUAUGCUGUCCACUUAGGGCUAACCCGGUUAACAUCACAACUACCAGAAAGCCUGAUAUUGAUACUUAUGCAAUAGCUAGACCUGCUGACAGCCCAUUAUUACCAUCGACUGAAGAGUGUGGACUUGUUAUUAUUCCUGAUAAGAUACAUGGUGGAGAUAGAGCAGAACUAGAAGAAUAUCCUUGGAUGGCUCUAAUCGAAUACGAAAGGGCUGACAGAAGUCGUGGAUUCUAUUGUGGAGGAGCGUUAAUAAGUAAGCGAUACGUUUUAACUGCCGCUCAUUGUGUCAAAGGAAGGGACUUGCCAAAAAAUUGGAAAUUGGUAGGUGUACGAUUAGGUGAAUAUGAUACAGAUACACCAAUUGAUUGCGUUACUAAAGGAAACAGGAAAAUAUGCGCUCCAGCUCCCGUCAAUGUAUUAGUAGAAGAAAGAAUAGCACAUGAACUAUAUAACCCUUUCGACUUCAAUCACUACCAUGAUAUUGCCCUCCUCAGAUUAGCUAGAGAUGUUUCAUAUAGUAGUUACGUUAGGCCAAUUUGCUUACCUAAAACGUCAGUAGUUCAGGAAAAAACAUACACAGACAAAAAACUGACAGUUGCUGGAUGGGGAAGAACUGAAAAUGAAACAAUAAGUAACUUUAAAUUGAAAUUAGACGUUCCUUUUAAAGAGAACAUCCAGUGCUCAAGAACUUACAGUCAAGUAGGACUAGUACUCAGCAAUGCUCAGUUGUGCGCUGGUGGCGAAAAAGGUAAAGAUUCUUGUAAAGGAGACAGUGGAGGACCUCUUAUGGCGAUUAAUGUUGACGAAACAUAUCAAUUGAACUGGUUCGUUAUUGGUGUAAUAUCAUUUGGACCAACACCGUGCGCUUUGGAGAAUUUGCCAGGAAUUUAUACCAAAGUGGCUAAUUAUGUUCCUUGGAUAGUAUCGAAGAUGAAAGCCUAAUUUUUUAUUGCCGAGUUUGAUAUUAGAACUUUUAUUACAUUCAAAUCUGGUAAAAAGUAUUGAAACAGCAGAAACAAAAUAUGUUUAGCUUCAUUUAUUACAAUGAUAUCUGCUUGAAAAUUUAACAUGUAUAAUUUAAAGAGCUAAAUUGCAUUUAUAUAAAAGUUCUAUAUUAUUAAUUUGUAUAUAUAUGUUCUUUUAUACCAGUUUUUUUUUUGUUAGAGUAUUGUUACUAGUCAUUACUGACUAACCUACAAUUUUAAUCUAAAACUCUUAUAACUAAUUAUUUAUCUAAGAAGUUCCCAUUGGGCUGUCUUAAUUGUUUCUAUAGGAAAGCAUCACAAGUUGGCGUGACGAUUUAUUACACUGUUUUACACUAGCACUAAUAAUAACGUUCACUGCACUAGCUCAAAUGGCUUCUUCCUUUUGAGCCUUCUGUUGAGUGUAGUUAUCCAGUAAUUGCAGCGUUUCUUCGUUGACGUGGGAGUAGAGUCGACCCUUAUGUUUCGCAGCAAACCUCUUUAUUUCUUCUUCGAUUGUUGGAAUCUUCAGGUCUCUAUGAAGAUAAUCGUUUCGGUAGAGCCAAGGUGCAUCAACAAUGCAUCUUAGGACUUUAUUUUGGAAACUUGUAUCAUAUUGAUAUUACUCUUGCUGGCACAUCCCCAUAGCUGUAUGCCAUAAAUUCAAAUUGGUUUUAGGAUUUGUUUAUAAAUCAGCAGUUUGUUGUGCACUGACAAUUUGGAUUUUCUUCCUAGGAGCCAAUACAUUUUUUUAAAUUUAAGUUCAAGUUCUUUACGCUUUCUUUUAUGCGCUCUUUCCAUUUAAGUCUUACAUCUAGGUUCAUCCCUAAGUAUUUGGCCGAAUCGUGAUGCGGAAUAACGUCAUUGUUUAUUCUUAUUUGUUUUUGUUCAUUUGGUCGGAGAGUAAAAUCAACAUGCACUGAUUUAGUUUGAUUUAUUAAUAUUUUCCACUUUUUUGUCCAUCGAUUGAUUUUAUUGCAGGUUUCCUGAAGUUUUCUGAGGUCUUUGUAUUAGUUCCUCCAACUGCCAAUAUUGCAGUGUCAUCCGCAAAUGUUGCUAUUUUAACAGAUUGUUGUUGAGGGAUAUCGCUGGUGUAUAAUAAGUAAAGAACUGGUCCUAGCACACUGCCUUAUGGGACAAAACUAAAAGAAAUAAGGUAACGACCAUAGUCAGACAAGAGAAGAAGACAUAUUUUGAGAACAAAAUAGAUAAAUCUAAAAAUGAUGGAAAAGAAAUGUGGAGAACUAUAAAACAAUUGCUAGGUCAAAAUAAAAAAAAGUUAGAUGUUGAAAAAAUUAUUUUUAGUGAACAUAAUAGUACUGUGGAAGAGAACUUUAAUAAUUUUUACAAAAACAGUAUCCAGGAAAUCGCAAACAGCAUUGAAGAUAAGAGGAUUUCACCCAUGGAGGACGUCAAUAUCAACAGUGAGUUUGGUGCUUUUAAAAAAAUAAGUUUUAAUCAAUUAACAAAAAUAGUGAACAAUCUUAAAAAUAAAAGUUCAGGUGACGCAUGUUUAAGUAUUGCACUAUUGAAGGGGUUAUUUUGUAUUAUCGGGUACCCUCUUCUUAAUCUGGUAAAUACGGUCCUUGUAAAGGGUACGUUUCCCAGUGAUUUAAAAGUUAGUGUAAUUGUGCCAAUAGCCAAAAUAUCAUGUCCAACAAGACCAGAAGAUUGUAGGCCUAUAAAUUUAUUACCAUCUGUAGAUAAGAUCAUUGAAAUUGUAGUAAGAGAUCAGCUCAAGUCUUAUUUUGAAGACAAUAAUAUUUUGUAUGAGGGACAGUCAGGGUUUAGAGACCAACAUUCUUGUGAAACAGCUCUCCAAUUUGUUUGUGCGAAAUGGAAAAAUGAUAUGAAUGAAAAUAAUAUUAUUGUUAGUGUUUUUAUUGACCUUAAAAGGGCUUUUGAAACAAUAAAUAGAAAUUUUUUAUUAAAAAAGUUGCAAAAUUACGGUGUAAAUUCGGUAGCAUUAAAUUUAAUUAGGGAGUAUUUGUCUAAUAGGUAUCAUAAGACUAAAAUAGGAAAUAAUAUAUCUAGUGAAACAGAAAGCCACUACGGGAUACCGCAAGGAAAUGUGUUAGGUCCACUUUUAUUUAUUAUUUAUGUAAAUGACAUUCAUAAACGAUUAAAAAGAUCAUUUAUUAGCCUUUUCGCGGACGACACGCUUAUUUCAGUAUCUGGUAGAGAUUUUCAGGAAAUAAUUCAAAUAUUAAAUGAAGAAUUGUCUAUUUUGUAUGACUGGCUGUGUGUAAAUAAGCUUAAAUUAAAUACUGCAAAAACAAAAUAUAUGAUCCUAGGAUCAAAAGCACAAUGCAGACAACUUAAUGCGCAUGAUCAAGUAGUAGAAAUAGGUGGUGAACCAAUUGAACAAGUACUGGAAAUAAAAUAUUUAGGAGUCAUUAUUGACCAACAAUUAACUUUUAAUAAUCAUGCCAAUUACUUAUGUAAAAAAUUAGGUAAAAAAAUUGGUUUUUUUAGAAGGAUUUCAUGUAACUUGUCGCAAUGGUCAAAAUCUCUGAUUUAUAAUACAAUAAUACGCCCACAUUUUAAUUAUUGUAAUGAAUUACUAUUAUCAGCUACUAAAGAAAACAUCAACAGAUUGCAACUGUUACAAAAUAAAUGUUUAAGGAUAAUAUUAAAUUGUAAUAUUUACACUUCGGUCAGGGAAAUGCAUGAACAGCUGAAUGUCUAUACAAUUGAGCAAAGGAUUAAAAUGUCGAAUUUAAUACUAAUAUAUAAGAUGAUACAUCACAAAACUCCGAAAUACCUUAGUACACUACUUGUAAAAAGAUCUGAACUUCAUUUACGUCCACUCAGAUCA